AUGGCACGGGUGCUGGUGUCGCUGCAUACGCAAGAGCCCUCCUACAAGCUGCCUUCUUCGGGUACUGUGACAAUUGGCAGGAGGCCGGCAAACACCAUAGUUUGCAACGACAUCUCCGUGAGCGGGAAGCACUGCGAGAUUCUGAUCGCCAGUGCCAGUCUGGCACGGAUCUACGACUGCAGCACCAAUGGCACGUACGUCAAUGACGAGAGGAUUGCCAAGGGUGAUCCAACCGAGCUGCACAUCGGAGACAUCAUCUCCUUGACGAAGCCCCACCCCCCUGACCUUCCUGACCCACCUCCACGCGUGCAAUUCCGCCUGGAGACAGGAGAGGCAAAUGCCACAGUCGAAGAGGCGCCAUCACUGAAUGGCUGUGCCCUCUCCUUGUCUCAGGGCGCCUCCUUGGCGGCCCCUCGAAGGGCAGCCACGACAGCGGAAGGCUUCGCGCAUGACUUGCUGAUGCAAGAGCAGCAGUGCAAGGCGAAGAUCACGGCCUCGCUACUCCUGGCCCGGCGUCGCCUUGACGAGGAAAGAUCCAAAGGCGAGGCCGCGGCGAGGGACCUUCGCAAAGCCAAGGCGGGCCUGGAUGAGGAGAGACGACGGCGUGAGUCUGCGACAGAGGGCCGUGACGCCUUGCGUGCCGAGGCAGCCCGGCUGAAGGACAGCCGCCAGGAGCUGCAGGACCUCCGGUCCACAAAUGCGACCCUACAUCAGAAGCACGAAGCGCUGGAGAUCGAGCUGACGACACAUGCCCAGAAGGCCACCAGCCUAGAGGCUUCGGUACAACGGCUCGAGACCGAACUGGCGGACCUCAAGGGCGACAAUGGGCCUGCCGCUGCCGCAGAGCUAGCAGAUGCCGAGGCCACACUGCGGACAGCGCAGGACGAGGCAGUGCGCCUCGAGGCCUCAGCGGCUGCCGCGCAGCGCCAGGCGGAGGCGGCUUCAAAGGAGGCCGAGAGGCUUCAGCAGGAGCUCGCUGCCGAGCGCAGCCGACAAGAGCGAUUGGAGGAUCAGCAGGCAGGUUGCUGCUGCCUGGGCGGAUGCUUGUCCGGAUUCCUCUGCGCAUCAGCGAUUAUGUUCGCAGUCUUCACCGGUGUGUUGGGGCUUCUGGCGAUGCCCUUGGCAGCGUGGGUGCAAGCUCACCACGUGGUUCUUGGGGAGUUCAUGAACUGCACCAAGGCCGAGGUGGAGCUUGUCAACAAGACUGUGGAAGCGGAACUCCCAGAGCAGUGCGGAGACCUAUCGUGGGAUGAUUGCAAAGGUUGCGAUGGAGAGGACGACGAUGUCGACCCGGAGAUGGACAAGAAGUGCCGCUACUGUGGCUGCCAAGCUGUCUUCUCCCUGGAGACGAUCAAGCCAUCUAUUAAGAAAAACUUGGAGAAGUGCUGCCAGACGCUCGAGAAAGAUGACGGGACUAAGUUCUUGAUUGAGCCCUGCCAUGACAUUGUAGACAAUUUCACGGGCAGCUUUGCUGAGGGUGCCAAGCAGUGCAAAGAAAAGGGCAUUCACAACGACUUGAGGCUCGAGCAGCCUAUGAUGCUCCUGGCGGCAUCAGCAGCUGCGGCAAGAAUGACACAGAUCACAGAGGUGUUGCAGAUGUUGCGGGCAUCGUCCGAGCGAUUUCUCUGGCUGAGCCCAGGACUGUUGUUACUCGGCUUGGCAGCUGGCUACCGCAGCCGCUGGCACAAGGGAACACAGCGACCGGACGCAGAUCUGGCCCUUCUCGCCAGCGAAGCCGAGCGUGCGGCCGCCAGUAGCUCCAGUGCGCAGGAUCUCCUGGCACAAGCUGACGCUGAAAUCGCAGCCCUACAAGAGCGGAUUGCCAGGAGCAGGGGAGAAGCCGAAGUUGCACACCGAAAUGUUGCUGCGGCACGGACGCAGGAGGCGAAGUCGUCAGAAAGUGCUGACCAACUGCGCGAGGCCUGCAUACGCUUCGCGGAAACGGUGCGAAAUUGUACUCAAAAGUGGCUCUCAGGCCUGCCAGAAGCAUUUGCCCCAUUGCCGGGCAACGCAUCGCAAGGCCGUGAAGCCCCCGAGGACAUGCCUCCGCCAGCCGCAACCGCUGCUCCAGUAGCUGCUGUCGAUCGCGCCGCGGCAGAGCGAGAAGGUCCAGCUCCGGGCCACGAGGUCGUCGUCGACUCCGCACCUAGCCAGGCCAUGUCCACGCAGUCGCCGCCCUCGGCUGACGAUCCACCGCUGCCUCCGCCAGCAGCACCUCCAGGCGACCGGGACCCUGAGGGACGGCCUCCCGAGAGGCUUUGGAGUGUGGCUGUCCUCGGGGCGACCGCUGUCGAUGCAGAUAGUUUGGGGGCACUCCUGGAGGGCCCCAGCCCCGUGAAGCGCCGGCGCGUGUCGGUGCGCUGA